AUGGCAGACACCUCCUCAAACAGCCUAAAGAGACCUCACGAUGACCUCCACAACGACAAAGGUGCUCAGAAGAAGAUUCGAUCCAAUAAUGGCUCUCCGGCGCCUGUGCCUGGUGCAAAUGCAGCCAAUAAGCCAGAUGUCAGCAAGAUCCUCGCAGACGCAAGGGCAAGAGCUGCUGCCGCGGCGGCGCGGCUCAAAGCAGGAACAAACGGCGUGACCCUUGCUCCGCAGACAUCAUCGCCUGGACCAGCAACCUCAGCUAUGUCAAAGCUAGAACAGAUAAAGGCCCGAGUAGCCGCUACGAUGGCGAAAACCAGUGGAGUCUCAGAGCAGCGAACGGCUUCUCCGGUUUUUCAAUUCGACGAUGGGAGUCUUCAAGCGAAAGGCGGCUUAGGAACACAACUACAUCCUGCGCUUAUGGAGAACGCGAAACAGGAGUUCAGACCUUCAAAAAGCAAGCAAGCAGUGCAGCCUAAAGCAGAUCAGACCUCGAAAUCGGGAAAGGCGAAGAAGCAAUUGGACCUAUCCCUUCCGGACCCCACCGAGACUCGCACUAACCCCUAUUUUGAUGCCAGCCUAGGCUCACAUACGGCGACGCUGAAGGCGAGGAAUCGGAGGGAUUUAGCUUUCAAUGUAAAAGGCAAAUAUAUCCAGCAGGGCGCGGCUCUACGGAGGCAGCGAGCUCUUGAAGAAAUGAAAUUGAGAAUCGCAGCCACCUCCAAGAAAGCCCUGGAAAAGGGAGAUCCUUCGGAGAAAAACUUCGUCAUUCUGCCGCCUCCAGAUGUUGAAUGGUGGGAUGAGAACAUCGUCAAAGGGAAAGAUUACGGUUCUGUCGGCGACGAUGGGCGUGGCUUUGACUUGGAUUCUCCUGACACUAUCAUUACCCUCUACGUCCAACAUCCGGUGCUCUUAGAACCCCCUUCCGCUAGUCAGAUGCCAGCCCCCCGUCCAAUGUUCUUGACUCCCAAAGAGCAGGCGAAGCUUCGAAGACAAAAGAGGAUGGAGAAUCUCAAAGAGCACCAGACAAAGGUUAGACUUGGGUUAUUGCCUCCGGACCCACCAAAGGUAAAGCUCAAGAACAUGAUGCGCGUGCUUGGAGAGGACGCCGUCAAGGACCCAACCGCUGUCGAAGCCAAAGUCAACCGUGAGAUUGCCGAGCGCGCUCACAAGCACAAUCAGAUGAACGAAGACCGCAAGCUCACAAAAGAAGAGAAGCAUGAGAAGCUAGAACAAAAGAAAGCCCAAGAUGCCGCAAAGGGCGUUUAUCUGACGGUCUACAAGAUUGACUCUCUGGCAAACGGCAGGCUUCUUUUCAAAAUCUGUAAAAAUGCGGAACAGAUGAGUGGAACAGGUCUAUGCCUUUCGUCCCCCGCCUUCAGCCUUGUACUAUUUGAAUCGGGGGAACAUAGCGUGAAAGCCUACAAGAAGCUCAUGCUCAAUCGUAUAGAUUGGACCGAAAACUCAAUUCCAGCAGUCAGAGAAGGAAACCAAAAGGCUCGCGCCGCUUGGCUUGAGUCCCUAGACGCUGAAGGCAACUUGAAGGAUUUGAGUUCUAAUAAAACUACCCUCCUCUUUGAAGGGCAGCAAAAGGACCGCGCGUUCCGCAAAUGGGGAAGCAAGAGCGUUGAGACAGACAAGGAGGCGAUGGAUGUGCUGGCAAGGGCGAAGAUGGAGAACUUUUGGACUCAAGCGAAGAGUGUGCCAUGA